CAAUAAACCAGGUCGAUCCUGCUGCCUGAUCCCGGUGAUACAGAGACCGUGACUGUCACACAUGGUGACAUUUAUGGGGAACGCCCAGUUUUCGGUAUCAUCUAAGCCCCUUAUUCCACUUGAGUACCUCGCGCUGAAUGGGCCACCGUUCCACUAAAUAACACGUACCUAUAGCCGGGUGCCAUGCAUGGCUGAAAUUCAAUGGAAGCGGAGUGGUGACGUUUUACAUUUUUCUGUUUAUACAAGAAUGUCUGCUUACAAUGGGACUUGCGUUUCUAAAAUGGUGUAAAUUUUGGACUAAACAAGAUCAUGAUGGAUAGGAAAGACAAGCGGACCCCAGUGACGGAGAUUUUUCCCAGGGAUGACGAAUCCAAGGAGCACCUUCUCCCAGUCCGAUCUCAGAUCGCAAAAUUUGAGGAGAAGGCUCGUCUGAACUUUAACAAGGGUCGACCUGCUCCACAACCCCCUGGAAGAUCGUUUGUCCUUCCAAAAAUCGGAAACUACCAGCCGAAAUCGUUAUUGCUUUCUAACUACAAAGAUAAAGAAGCAAAUAAAACAGAUUUCCAGAAACUUAAUGACAAGAACGAAACUGUCGAAGAGCCAAAGAAAUACAUGAUAAUUGGAGAUAAAGACACACCCAUCACGAUACAUCAAUCAUCUGACGUUAUAGACACACCUCCAGAAAAUGAGUUUUUCCCGCGGUUUGGUUCCGACAAUCCAGUAUAUGAACCCGAGGAGCCACAGACUAAAACGGACGAAAAAGACAUUGUUUUAGAUUUUGAGAAAACUGUCAAAAAUCCUAUAUUUCAGGAAAAUGACCAAAAUGUGCCAUCUCCACCGAUAAUAUCAGAUGAUAUAGAUAUAGCAGAUGAACCAGAUACAAGAGAAGAGGUUGAUGUUAAAGCUGUGUACAAGAAAAGGCCGGCACCUCCUCCCCCAGUUUCCACUCAUUCGAUAGAGAAUGAGGAGGAACACCCACCACCGGAUUACGAACCCGAACCUGAUUACGACGACGACGUAGUGCCCAAGGCAACAGACGUCGGUCCUCCGGCACGAAAUACCUCGGGACGUCAGGGAAGAGAGAUAACACGUGAGUAUGAGGGGGAGGACUUUUCUAAAUAUAUGCACGACAGUGAGGACGAGGAUUAUUUCUCCGAUCACACGUACACAUGGAGAAACAAAAUAAAAUACAAACGGAAACCCGCGCCAAAUCGCCCCGUGUCACAGCACUCCGAGAAAAAGAGAGACAACCAUUCGAAACCAAAGCAAAGUCAAAUGAAAUUAAAUGGACAUUCUAGUGUAAAUAAAGUGCCCGAGGAUGAAAUGAGACGCAAGACGAUUAGGGAUUUCAGUUAUACCGAUUCUAAAAUUGGAUAUGACGACAGGACAGUAAAAAGUACGACCGCUAAGGGGCGCUACAUGAAACGCGGGAAAGAUAGACUUCCGUUACAGCAGGUGAGAAGUGGGUCUUACGAAGAUUUUCUCAGAAGCCGAUACAACGAGAGUGGCAGCAAUGGGAGCGGUGACAGUGGACAUGAAACAGGGGAUGAUUUUGAACUUAACACGGACAUAUUUUUACAAAGUCAGCCAAGGCAAUUCAAAAACGGAAGUAAACAAUCUGUCUGGGAAAAGUUAACCUGGCGAUUUAAACGACAUUCUAAAGGAUAUGCUAUGACGUAGGUUUUUUAUGGUUUUAGAGGUCACAUACCAAGGGCAGUGCUAUAUGUGGUCCCUUGUUAACACAAAAGAGUACAAUUUGACCUUUCAACCUCAGAUGCAAAAAGUUCAAGAAAAGUUGUAUUAAGUUAUGACGUGAACACGAUUUCUAUUGAUUAUGUUAGAAAGCCUGUUCUUUGAAUAAUUUGUGAUGAGAUCCUCCGGUGUCCAGCAACUCUUGUUUUAUUUUCCUUUUUGAGGGAUUGUGUUAUAAUAUGUGGGAAACUUUUUAUUGUAGCACACAGAAAUGUCCUUCUGAUAUAGUAAUGAUUUAAUCGUGUUUAAUCUGUGAUGCAUGAAAAUAUACCAAAUUUUAUUUUUUAUCAUUUUAGUAUACAUGUAUAGGAAACUAUAGGUGUUGUAGAAUAUUGUUGAUUUUAUGUGCAAUAAUAUUAAUUCCAUUAAGUUGAAAAAA